GCAAACCGAACAGCACACAUCACAAUGGCAUUCAUCGCUUAUGUUUACUUGUUCGCGGUGUUAUUCAUCGCUGACUCGAUGCAAUCAAGCUUCUUGCCCUGCGACGGUAAACCCGGUCCCAAUAGCGUGGAAAUCCUGGGAUGUAAGACUCUACCCUGCAACCUGAAGAGAGGAACCAUCGUUGAAGGCUCCAUCGUAUUCACUGCCUCCGCCAGCACGAAGACCCUGCGACCGGAUGUGGACGUUCAGCUUGGAAACAUGCACGUGAAGUACCCAUUCCCUGAACAGAACGCCUGCAAGGGUCUCGUGAGCGGAUCCUGUCCAUUGGAGAAGGGUGAAGUAUCCACCUACUUCAUGAGGAUGCCAAUCGAAAGGGCCUACCCGAAAAUCGGUUUGACCAUCCAGUUCGCUUUGGUCGAUGAGCACAAUAAUUACCAGAUGUGCUUCAAGAUCCCAGCUAAGGUUGUCGACUAGAUGCAGAUCGCUGAAAAAG